AUGACAAACGUCAGCCGUCCGAUUCCCCGUGAUGGACGGCUCAUAUCCCUCAUCCUCGCCUCCAAGGGCAUCCAGGACGCAGACGAGCGAGUCUUGCAGCAGCUCAUGGAUUUCUCCUAUCGCUACACAGCAGACGUCCUCCAGAAUGCUCAAGCGCUGAGCGAUCAUGCGAGCCGACCCGGUCCCGGAAAGAUAGAAAAGGAUGAUGUGGAGCUGGCCAUCAUGAUGAGGAAGCGAUACGAGUUCUUCGAAGCUCCUCCACGAGAUUAUCUAGCAUCUCUGGCACAUGAGCUCAACUCGCACCCCCUCCCUGUCCUUCCUGAAUCCUUCGAGGUCGUUCGCCUUCCGCCAGCACAUCAGCGCCUAGCCGAGGUCAACUUUGAUAUAGUGCCUGAUCCGCAAUUGGUCUUAGCGCCAGAAGAAGAGGAAGAGGAGGAUGAGAGCAGCGAUGAAGAGGAGGACGCAGUGGAUGGUGAGGGAGCUAGGGCGAAUGGUGGGAAAGGCGAUGAAGAUGCGGAGGAGGAUGAGGACGAGGAUAUGGAGGAAGUGGGAGUGGACGAAGGGACCGCAGCGGCACCAGCCCCACCACCUGCCCAGGAACGGGAGAUGGACGAAGAUUACGAUGUCUAG